AUGCCCAGAAAAAAGAAACCAGGAAUAAUCACCACGUUGGUGAAGGAGGCUCAAAUACACGGCAUCAACAAGCUCGCGGAUGAGAAUUUUAAAUUCUACUGGGCAAUAGCCCUUCUGCUCGUCAUGGCUACAGCCGUGUCGGUGCUGAUGCUGCAAAUCAUGCGUUUCCUGAGCAACCCGACAUACAUCGCGCGCAAGGAAAUGUACCGCACCAACAUGACCUUCCCCACCGUCAUACUCUGCCCUGAACUCAAUUACCAGGAUCACAAAAUUGAAGCAUUCCUCAACAGAGUGAACUAUCCUAACAAUAUAAAUAGGACCUACGUAAGGAGUGUAAUAAAACAACUAAUCACCUUUUACAACACAGACGUGAAGUUUAAUCUAGAAGAUUUGGAGAAUUUGGAAAGAUUACUGGACUACAACGAUAUAUCAUUAAGAGAAGUCACGGAAUCUUUGACUACUUCGUGUGAAGAGGCUAUUUUACGGGACCUUGAAAAUGGCGCUAAUAUGAUUUCAAAGCCAGUGUACAACUUGAGCACGGUGGAUGUCGGCUACAAGAGUGGGCUUGUUUUUGUAGUGAACCAAAGUUCUAAAGUUUCUAACAUGGACCUUACUUAUAAAUGGGUAUCAGUAACAAACCCUCAACGGUACGUGGACUCCACGACCAACGGAACUCCGCUGUCCCCCGGCAAGGAGGUCUGGUUGGGAUACGACUCCAUUUCGUUCCAUGUGUCGGAGAACGCCAGAGAAUUGAACCCGGGAUUGCGACACUGUGUCAUGAGCACCACAGCAUUGGAAUACUUCCCCGUUUAUCAUAAAGAGGCGAUGUGGCACUGCAACUGCAUCCUGUUCACCCACCCCUCGCGCCGCAACGUGCCCUUCUGCAAAGCCAAGAAUAUGGAGUGCGCGAGGAUCAUUGCAGGGUCUGUAAACGCUGGUAAAUGCGGCUGCCCUGCGACUUGCGACGUGGACACCGCUGAAAUCUCCAUAGUGGACUUCAUGAUGUCACCUGAGUUGAAGCCGAUCGAUUCCUUUUAG